AUGGUAAUAGUGCGUGCUGAUACCAAACAAACUGGUUAUUAUUUUCAAUUGCACCAUGGUCAAAUUGAAAUCAGUGCAUCGAGUCCACAUCGUCGAAUACCAAAUUUAGAAACAACUAUAAACAAACGAAUGAUCCGUGAAAUAACAGCAAUUGGUCAACUUGUUUUGGCAAAAACUCUUAAAGGUGGUCGUUUACCAACCGUUCUCGUUUCUGGUAAAUUACCAUGUUCAAGACAAAACUAUUUAUUUUUGAAACGAUGCGGUGUUGGACUAAGAUACAGGCAGCAUCCUGUCAUACGUGGUCAAUUAGCUUUCGAUACGGAUAUUUACGUCAGCAAAGGGCAUCGUGUAGAGGCCACCGAUAUCCGAUUCAACACUUACAAAACAGCCACACGAUCAUAUGUUAGUAAAGAUAAAAUACGUAAAAAUUGUGCACAUCAUGAAUAUUCUAUGGGGCUAUCUUUUGUGGAGCUUAAUCAUUACGAUAUCGGAAGCCGUACAUAG